AUGGGUGUCGAAAAUAAGUCCUUCGUUUCUACUCUACUGAAAAAUUCGUCUGUGACGGGACACGAUCUGAAGUGGACCGCUGCGUCCAUUUACGGAGCCGCAGGAGAAACUACCAUCGCCACCAUCAGAGCUUUUUUGCUUACUAUGGUGCUCUUCCCUGAUGUGCAGAAGACGGCUCAUGCAGAGAUCGACGACGUACUGCAAGGCCGGCGCCUUCCAACAUACCAAGAUCGGGACAAGCUACCAUAUGUGAACGCCCUAUGUAAGGAAGUGAUGCGAUUCCAUUCGUCUGUUCCUUUGGUACACUGCGAGACGAUUUCUAUAAUGAUUAUUUCAUUCCGAAGGACACACUCGGAAAUGACUCAUGAUCCUGCGGUCUAUGAAGAUCCAGAAGUAUUUAACCCUUCUCGAUUCUUGCCUGGAUUGGGACGUGUACCGGAAAGAGAUCCCAGAAGUAUCAUCUUCGGCUUCGGUAGAAGGAAAUGCCCUGGACAGUACCUGGCGGACGAGAUGAUCUUUAUUGUCUGUGCCACGGUCUUAAGCGUCUUCAACAUUUCCAAGGAAGACGAUUCCUCUCCGGAGCCUGCAUUAGAACCUUUGAACGGAACGAUCAGCCAUCCUGCCCAGUUCAAGUGCUCUAUUACCCCUCGAUCUUCCGGGGCUGUGGAUUUGAUCGGAGCAAUGUAA